CAUUGUGGGAAGUGCAUUCCGCAGACACAGACACAGCAGCAUGGAGAUAUACACUGUGCUACUGCUGUAAGGUAAAAUAAGACUAAAAACUCAAGUAUGCCAUCAGUGUGAAAUUGCCCCGAGAGACAACCAGUCCACUGUGCAGUUGUUGAACAAGACAGGGCGGAAUGGCUACCUCACAUAAGAGCCUGCAGCAAGUAAGAGGCAUUAUCUCCUCUGCUCACACUGACUGCCCCCCUGCUCAAAAAUUACACUUCUACGAUCACUGGGCACCUGAGUAUGAAGAGGAUGUAUCUGUGCUGGAAUACAAAGCCCCAUAUCUAGCUGCAUACACAUUAGCGUCUGCUAUCGGCUCUAACCGGGAAUCACAGCUGGUCUUGGAUGUAGCAUGUGGCACUGGACUGGCAGCCCAAGAGUUGCACCAUUGCGGAUUUCGCUUGUUUCAUGGUGUGGAUGGCAGUACUGGCAUGCUUCAAGUGGCUGAAACCAAGGAACUGUACCUGGAGCUAAAGCAAUGCAUGCUGGGUCAAGAAUCACUGCCUUUUCCCUCUGAUUUGUACAACGCAGUCAUCAUUGUCGGAGCACUAAGUGAUGGACAGGUUCCAGUCUCCGUGAUUCCUGAGCUGUUACGUGUUACCAAACAGGGUGGCUUUGUUUGUCUUACAACUCGCAGCAACAAAUCCAACCUUCAAUAUAAAGCAGCGUUAGAGCAGGAACUGUCUGCCCUAAAAACCCAGGGAUUGUGGGACUGCAUCUCAAUAAAGGAAGUGGAGAAAUGGGAAAAAGCCACAUCAGAAAAGGAAGUUACAGUGGAUACAGACUAUAUAUCUGGUGUUAUAUACUUAUAUCAGAAAUGUGCUGCUAAGUUUUAGGUAGUUUUCCAAGCUUGAUUAUUAGUUAAACCUAUUCGUAAGUUAAAAAUGUCAGUAUUUUCAAUGGCACUUUUUUAAAUAAAUAAUAAGGCUCCUGA